CCUGCGCCCGCAUGCGCAGUGGGCCAGCGCGCACCGAAAAGCCGUUAUCCCUGAGGCCCCUCCGCGCCGUGUCUCCGUCGCUCCGCGCCCGACCGUUGCGUUGCGCCGCCUCGCCAUGGCCUCCUACAAGGCGUCCCGGAUCAAGCGGUUCCUGGCCAAGAAGCAGAAGCAGAACCGCCCCAUCCCGCAGUGGAUCCGGAUGAAGACGGGCAACACGAUCCGCUACAACUCCAAAAGGCGGCACUGGCGGAGAACCAAGCUGGGGCUGUGAGGCGCGCGCCCUGGGCUGGGGGGCGCGCACGCGGGGUCCGGGGCUGCUGCCCGCCUCGAGGCCGUCUGUGCCCGCCAGGAGAAGAAAGCAACAAAACACCAAAAAAAAAAAUUGUUUUUUUUAAAGCCCAGAUGGUGAUGAAGAUGUUCACCGGCAGCGCUCCCCCAGCCCCCGCACCCGGGCCUCGACCCCACUGACCCCAACCCUCCCCGCCUUGGCCCCCGCCUUCGCCUCGCCCACCCCUCUGGGGAAGGGUCCCCGCGGCGGCGCCCGAGCCUCUGGCACACCCCGGCACAGCGGCGCCUCCAGCAUUGCCGCCCCUCAGCGCCCCCGCUGCCCCGCGACCCCCGACGGGGACCGUCGCCUCCAGGAGACCCCGGGGGUGUCAGCGUGCACGGAUCUAGGAAAGAUGGUAGAAAGGAGGAUACGGGGGUACGAGGGCUCCCGAAGACACCAGCCCCCCUCCUGCACGCGCUUGCGUCCGCCUGCGUGCCUGCAGAUGCGCGGAGCUCCCUGGAGAAAACGGUCAUUGCGCCACCGCCUCUAGCACCAUCGUCACUACGUGGUCCCCGCCGGAGCCGCGAGUCUAGAGGAAAGACCCUCGAAAAGUGAGAUCAAGGCUGGGGCGGGGGUACAUUCCGGGGACACUGGCCGCUUCUUUGCACUCCCCCACCUCUGCGCGCCAGCGGGCGGAGCUGAGACCUGUGAGGUGCGCACGUGCGCCCCCAGCGUGGACACCACCAGCGUGGCUCUAGGAAAGACCCCGGAAUCGAGAUGGAAGAGGGGUUCAGUUCCAGGAACACCGGCCUCUUGGCAGCCACACCCCUCAGUGCCUGCGGACGGGACCGAGACCAGUGAGAUGCGCACGUGUGUCCCCAGCGCCACCGACCCGUGUGCCCCCUGCCAGAACCACGAGUCUCGGGGCGUCUGGCUGUGCGGGUCAGGAGGCUGAGUCAGAGACACCCACACUCUAGCGGGGGCGACACCCCUUCUCCCCGGCCACCCCCGCUCUUGGAGGUGGACGGCGGGGACUCCCGACCAGACCCCCAGAUCCCCACCCCCCACCGUCUGGUCCUUCCCUGGGGAGAAAGCUGCCUGUUAUUCUCCUGUUGUUCCUAUUUGCCGGGGAGGGGGAAAUAGUUUCCUCUUGGAAUCGCUUUUUUGUUGUUGUUCUUGGGACCCCAAAAAUGAAGCUUUUUGUUUUUGAAGAAAAAUUAAAAG